AUGGCCGACCACAGAAAGGUGAUGUUUGUUUGGACGUUGUUCGAGCAUCAAAAAACACUUAUGUGGAAGUAUAUCAGCUACUUCAGGGAGAGAGAGAAAGAGAGACGCAAUAUGCUUAACGCCUCAUCCAGAUACCAGGACAUCAUCACCAAAAGUACUCUGAUCUCUCCUGCUGUCUACCAGCUGAGACCAAAGGAAGAGAAGUUUGGGACUCUGACAAGAAAAACAGUUGGAGAGAAAAACCUGAACAAGACAAACAGAACCAUCUUACUUGUAGGUGAAACAGGAGCAGGAAAAUCUACUCUGAUCAACGCUCUGGUCAACUACACCAUGGGAGUGAAGUUAGAGGACAACAUCUGGUUUGAGAUCGUAGAAGAAGAGAAGAGAAGUCAGACAGAGAGUCAGACACCAGAUGUGAUCGUUUACGAGAUCUUUGGUUAUAAAGGUAAAACUCUGCCCUACGCUCUGACCAUCAUCGAUACUCCUGGAUUCGGAGACACCAGAGGGAUCGAACGUGAUGUCAUCGUUAGUCAAAGAUUAUUUGACUUGUUCCGCUCAGACGAUGGAGUUCAUGAACUUUCUGCAGUGGGUCUGGUGCUGAAGGCGAGUGAGAAUCGAGUGAGUGAUCGACUGAGGUACAUCUUUGAUUCAGUGACGUCUCUGUUUGGGAAAGACAUUGAGGAGAACAUCAUCGCUCUCAUCACAAACUCUAAUGGACUAAAACCUGAUGAUGCUCUGGAAGCUCUUGAAGCUGCAAAAAUUAUAUGUGCCAAAAAUGAGAAGAAUCAGCCUGUUCACUUCCUGUUUGAUAACUGCCAGAGAAAAGAGAGAACAGAAGAAGAUAAACUACCUUUAGAGAAUGCAUGGAGGAUAACAGAGAGAGGAAUGAAACGAUUCACAGACUUCCUGAAAGAAUUUAAACCUCAGAAGCUGGUUAUGACAGUUGAAGUGUUGAACACACACAUCAGACUGACAGCCUGCAUCCAAAACCUGCAAGAAAGAAUCCAGCGGAUUGAACUGAAACAGAAAGUGAUCCAACUGACUGAAGAAGUUCUGAAGAAACAUAAAGAAGAGAUAAAGAAGAAUGAAGAGUUCACUGUAGAAGUUGAAGAGGUCUACAAAGAGAAAGAGCCUAUCAGUGGUGGGAUGUGGGGGUUGUAUCCCUUUGCAGGAGCUGUUUGUUGUAAUGUCUGUGAAGAGAAUUGUCACUCUUCAUGCACAAUGGCAAAGACUGCUGAAGACUGUAAGGUCAUGAAAGAUGGUUACUGUACAGUUUGUACAGGGAAGUGUCCUGCAUCAGAUCAUGUGAAAGAGAAGUGGAGAUAUGUGACCAAUACCAGGAAAAUCAUGAAGACCCAACAAGAUAUGAUAGUGAAGUAUAAGAAAGGCAAGUCAGAAAAUGAGAAGGAGAAGAGCCUGAAGGAACAUCUUCAAACAGAGAUGAAAGAACUGACAGCAGAGAAGAUAAAGUGGCUGGAUGAGGUCUACCAACAUGUUGUUAAACUGGAGCAGAUCGCCCUGAAUAACUCUAACAGGGAGUUCAGUGAUUUCAGAGCAGACGUUGGUGAUGCUAAGUAA